UUUCUAUAAAACCCUAUCGAUCACAAACACCUCCCAUCGACGACUAUGUCUUCGGAACCAUCACUCUCAGGAAAUCACAAUCAAACAAAGAUCUCCAGCUCUUUCGGGCCUUUCAGGCGCUCUCUUGCCUUCAGCCUCACCCUCGCCGUCAUCUUGACCAGCUUGUUCUACCUCCUCGCCCCCAAGUUGAUACGUAAAUACGCUCGGAGGUUCAAAAUCGGACAGAUUGGGUUUCUGAGCUUGAAAGAUUUGGAAUGGACAAGCAGUCAUCAGAACAUCUCAACCAAGCACCAGGAUGGCUUCACUACCGAUGAAGAUCAAUCUGAUCAGAAUGAAGGCGUCAAGAUAACCGUCAAAUCGAUCGGCUUAAGGCUGGGUAGCAACGAAGGCUCUAGGCGCCAGUGGAUCGCAUUAAGGAUAGACUCUCCACGCAUCAGGAUACCUAAGCGACGCACACGAUCAAAUUCAUUCGAUUCUUCCUCAGAUUCAUCCGAACCCGAAUUCUCCGCUGCCGAAACCAGCUAUCGAUAUGGACGCUCACGUAAAAUAUCUGGUGCUAGCUCCACGUCCCAGCUAUCUGGUUUGUCGAAAUCUGAUGCCCCGCCGCUCCAGUUCCUCAAAACUCUAUCGCACAAGUCCAAGCAGGCCACAUCAUCCAUCCUCCGCCAUCUACCAGCUCAGGCUCAUCCAAUUCUUCGCUUUCUGCGCAAACUCUUGCGUCUCGCUCGUCUCGAAAUCGUCCGACCCCUCCUCAACAAACUCAACCGAUUCGGACGCCGACUUUCGUGGAUCAUCAGCGUGUUUGGUGUGGAAGUGAACAAUAUUGAAGUCGACGUCAGUAAGAUCUGUCGGGUAACAUGUACCAUCAAGACGGGUCUUCAACUUUCUAGAGGCGAUAACGGCAAAAUCUGCUGCUGGAUUGUAGUCAAAAAGCUCCAAAUUCAUAAGCUCACUACCGUCGAUGACACUGACCCUUCGGAAGAAGAUAUCAAGCGUGAUCAAGCAGCCCAAGAUACUACAGCCGCCUUCAGCUUUCCGGGCUGCAUCGAGAUCUCUGCCAGUGCUGGAUUGGAUCCAGUGAUUGGAUUAGCCAGUAUAUGGGCGGGUUCAAAAGCUGCCGGAUACACUCGAAGGUUCCCUUCCAGCCCGUAUCAGAAUUACCCUUCAAACAUGCCGAAUGGAUCUUGGAAGCGAUAUAUACGGCCCCGAUCAGUCAAUGUAACUCUCAAGAUUUCAGAAGAUUUGCAAGCAUCAAGACGAACAUCGAAAAAAACAAGCUUGUCUCCCAAUCUCAAAGCCUCGAGUGCCUUUAUUUCAAUCGAGAACGCGCUAGCGAUCACACGCGCCCUCCCAAAUCGGACCAAAACGAACGAGUCAAAUGGUCCAUCUAUUUCCAUCCUCAGCGACGAGCCCAUGUUCUCUGGCUCAAACUUCUCUCAUUUGGAGGACUCCCAACAAUCUCCAAGCAAGGUUUUCUCCACUCUCUCAAUUAUACGCCAAUUCCAAAUCUCACUACCUUCCCUACACUGUUAUUACAUCCUAGCCGGUCCUAUUUCCACCCCUAUCUCAACAUCCACUUCUUCACCUGGAACACCGGCCACACAGAAUAAGAAGAUCGCAAUCGAUUUACAGAUCACGAGAUUUAUCAUGAAUUUGGAUUUGAGUGCUGAAAAGACGGGAAAAGAAGCCGCUCGAUCCGAUCGAAAUCUUACCACUCACAUGGAGUGGUUUGGUCGCGGCACUCCGAUUCCCUUCAGACUUAAUUCGCAAUGGAAAGAUAUUAGUAUCAACGCCACUUUAGUCCCGGAAUCUGAAAGAUCUUCAGAGCUUAUUCCCAGCGGACCCACACAACUAUUGCGAAUGUCAGAAGUAUCUUUUGUUUUGAGCUCGUCAUGGGCUCCGCGCACGUUGCGCGAGAAGAUUGAAUCCGAGAAUUUUUCUUCGCAUGCUUCUCAACUCAGCCUCAAUGGGGAUCACAACAGUCACAUGAUAGUUGCAGAAUUUGAGAUUGGGAAAAUAAGAGGACAGAUGCCCAUCGAUAAUUUACUGAUCAUGCAUAUGUUAUCACAAAGUCAUCCAUCAGGCUCAUCUAAACUCAAAGCUGUCCCGCCUUCAAAUUCUCAAAACAAUCACAGACCCCGAAACAACCGCCGGGAGGAUACGCCCAAAUUUGUCUUUGGAUUGUCAAUCCAGUCCAUGUCAUAUGACUUCUAUGGUCCCCCGUGCCCACCCACUACCCCCUCGUCGUCGUCUUUAGGGCCUACAUUCAAUCCAAUCAACAAUAUUGGUAAUUCAUCGAGGGGUAACGUAUUAUCGAUUGGAUGCUCGUCUUUCCACUUUAACUCGGCCGGGGAAUACGUGGAUUUAGUUGUAAAGCGGUCUGAGGCCACCAGACGGAUUGCCAGGACCAGGGCUCGAAAGAAUGAAGUGUACAUUCCACCAACCCUCCGAGGCAUCAGGAUUAGCCAGGCACACGAGGAUUCCAUUUUGUCCGAGAAGCGCCCCGUUGAUGCCGACUCUGCCUCGACCUGUCGCGAGGCCGAUAGCACUUCCAUAAAACUUUCCGACGAAUCAUUUGACAAUCUACGCGACGUCGGGCCGCACCCGCAAGCCUAUCCUCUACCCAAUCCUUCCCAUUCAUCCACUCAAUGGAAGUCACAAGUCGAUGUGUUUCGGGAAAAAAGCUCGGUAGAUUUUUUCUAUCGACUUUCUUUCACUUGGCAAACUCACUCUAUCGAUGUUGUCUUCCAAGACGAUCAGCUCAAGUUGGACAAAUCUCGCCAUCCCUUCGCGUCUUUUGAUCUGCCUUCGCGAAUGUCAUCAUCUGGUCCAUAUGACUUUUUCAGCUUGAAGACGAUCGAAGUAACCUCCGAAUUCUGCUUUGCCGGGCGGAACAUUGUUUGCUUUGACAGGAAACCCGUACCUACGAUCGAUCUCACUCUCCGGGAAGGCACUGUACAGACAUUCAUUGAAGAGGUUUCUUUUGACCUGUGGCGACCCAAUGUUUUGGCGAACCUUGUGGCUUUUACUCAAACUUUCCAAAAAUUUCGUCGGCAGUCUCAUCCUCCCGAAACCAAGAAUGAAAGUGAUCCAGAUAGCGCUUCAGUACCCCGUACGGUUCCUAUUCCCCGGGAUAUUGCCUUUGCAAUAGCAGCAUCAAGACUCAGUCUCCGCGUUGCUGGGUUUGACCCCAAACGUGACUCAACAAUAGCACGCGGUACCCAGCUAGUCGUUUCCAAUGCACUUAUCGAGUGUUUCCGUCAGUCCAACGCCCAACCCGGCCUUUAUGGCUCACCCCAUCGAUCACGGCUUGAUCUUCAAGAAGACAUCCGCGUCCAAGCCAACGCUCAACUUGUACAUAAUCCUGAGUUUGAAAGCUGCCUGUUGAAAUGUGCAAUGAAGAAGAUUGAAAUGUUUGCAUUGCCUGAUUUGACUGGCUCCUUACACUCGAACCGCUUCUCUAGAUUUGAGUCACCUAGCCAUCAACGAAUGUUUCAUUAUCGUUCACCUUCACUGUGGGAUGACAAGGCUCGGUUCGGAUUUCGAAACCAUCACGAUCCUCAAUCACCGGUCGACUCUACCCUCCACGAACCACAGGAUAUCCUUUCCGAGAACAAAGAGGUUUCGAUCCUUGAAGUGAAUCGCCUUGCCUGCCGCACUACCUUACAAAUUUUGAAGCAGGCAAAGAGAGGGGAAGACGAACUUAUUCUAGCGGUUGAAACCGGCUUGAUAACCUUUCACAUUGAUGCCUUCCAUAUCUACUGUGCCUUGAUGAGCAUCUCCACUCUGUUAAACCUCGCCAAAAAAGUCUCAAGCAACAGCCCUGAAAGCGCCAAGCGUUCCGCCAAGAGCUCGACUCGACUACCUAUAGGAAUUCGUGCAGAAAUAUCUAAGAUCCAUUUCCACAUGUUUUUGUCCCAUCAGGUUCCAAUAUUCAUCGAAAUACGAAGAGUGUCUUUUCAAAAAUCGUCCAAGUUAGGCUUCGAUGCGCGUUGGGACAUCUUGUUAUUAGCGGGCCGUAGUGUGACUUCACCAGGACGAUGGGAUGACCUUCUGAAAGUCAAGACAUGUAAGGUUAAAUUAGUCCAGAUCAAUCCGUCUAAUUCUCCUUCAGACCCAGCACUAGUCAAUAGAGGUUGGCAUCCAUUUAUCGUGCUGAUUGAAGGCGAUGCGGCCCGGCUCAGGAUUCCUUUCAAGUUUGUUAUCGCUGAAGUGAUCGAAAACGUCUCCCUACUCGUCAAGACUACUAAACAGCUGAUCUACCAAUUCAUUCAUGGGGGUACCGGAUCGGUCUUGCAACCCGAAGUCGAAGCUCCCAAACGAUUGCCGGAAAUUCGGAUCAAGUUUCGGAUAGUGUGUGUACAAGCUGAAGAUGACCCGUUUGAAAACAAGUUGAAUGCGAUUCGUCGAGCCGGAAAAGAAGAGGUCAAAGAUCGACUGGCACGAGAUGAAAGCUUUGAACAAAAGGUUCAAGGAAUGAAUGGGCCAAAGAAUUACCCACCUACGAAGGAAACCAAGCCUCGUCAAAGCUGGGAAAGCCAUCGUCAUUCUGAACGGGGUAGCACAGAUUCUCCCCGAAAUGAUGAUAGCUCUUCAUUCGACUCGUCGUCGUAUCUCGGUCGAACUGGAACCCAGUCUCCGCACGUUUCGAUCGCACAGGCAGCACAGCGUCUGAAUGAAUACAAUGGAGCCGCUUGGAUCAAGCGAAUCCGUAAUGCCCUUGCCGAACAAGAACGACAGGAAGAUGCAAUUCAGAGGCAGUUGUACGGCCAUACUGCCACCAAACUGACCGAUGUGAUGCCGGUCCCUAUGCUUCCAGUCACGAAAGCAACACCACUGGUUCGGGUCGUGUUUAACUCUAUCCGGAUUGCUCUAUACAAAGCAGACUUCGAAAAGGAUGAGAACGGCCUCAUGAAUUACUUGCACGAAGUAGGCAAAGGCUUGCCCAAAGAAACUAAGUUCUCGUUGAUAGUCCCGAUGCAUAUCAGUUGGCAGAUGGAGGGCGCGACGAUGCGGUUACGAGACUUCCCCCUUUACCUUUUUUCUUUGCCUCGACCUCAAGCUCAAAAUGGUCAUCAACAAGAGCGCGAGUUGUCUCAAUACACCUGGCAAUUUGAAAGCGAUUUCGUCCUUGCAGAGGAAAUGUGCGGGGUGGAAUCUAUCCGUGCGGUCCAGAGUGUGGUUAUCCCGUCACAUCAUUCCAGCGACGGUAGCGUCUACACACUCGAUAUUCCAAAGUCAGUCAUGCCUGUCAAAAGUUACGCCGACCCAUUUAUCAAGAUCAAAUCCACCGCGCCAGUCCAGCUUGGAUGGGGAAAUUCAAUGCAACCGACCGUACAAGAUAUGAUGAGGGUCUUGGAUAGCAUUUCUAAACCACCAGUAGAUCUUUCUGAACGAGUAGGGUUUUGGGAUAAGGUUAGAUUGGUCUUGCACUGGAAAGUUGACGUUAGUUUCGCGGGUAGUAAGGCCGAUGUAGUUUUGCACCUCAAAGGUUCCAGGGAUCCUUAUGAGCUACUCGGCAGCGGCGCAGGUUUUGCUAAAGUUUGGCGCGGCAAUGUCAAGAUCUUGUUAGGGCAUCAGAACGACGAGCAAGAGUUCUUGCAGAUCAAGAGCGACCAAUUCAUCAUCGGAAUCCCCAACCUGAAAGAUCACAUCAAUAAUGCCGCGACGGGUUCGGCUCCAAUGGCUACGGCUACACCCGCCGCGAACUAUAAGCGGGUCUAUCAACGCCGAUCUCAAGGGUCGGGAUCCGAUGAGAGCGAUACCGAAACACUGAGUCCAAGAGAAACUGAAUUCAUCAAGAUCGUUGGCAAAUUAACAAACGGUGUCAGGUGGGGGAUGGGCAUCGUUCUAGAAAGGGCAUGCUCGGAUAGCUUGGAUAAGACCUGCAAUUGCCAUGGUCCAGCUUUCCAUCGGAAGUGCCGAAUCUUUUCUUUCAAACCGCAUUACCAAGUCGUUACUAAAACUCCACAGUAUGGUCGCGCGGCUGAUGGUUCACCUGCAGAUUCUUAUGAGGAUUUUAGGUCUGAUUUCAUUCAUUUCUCUAUCUCACUCACCUCGCCUACUGAAAGUGGCAGUCGUCAAAAACGGCCGACUGGCCAAAACUCGUUGUACUUUUCCGCCGAAAGCUUUACUCAUUUCUGGUGUUGGUGGAAGACUUUCGACAGUGCUCUUGCGCUACCGAUUCGGCAAGGCAACCUUUUUCCAUCAGCACAGGCUCCCUCAAAGAAAUUUGGUCGGCAUGUAGCAACAAUCAAAUAUCGAUUCGGGAUUUCGCCUCUCUUCUUGGCACACACUUACAGGUAUGAGAGCGCUCCAGAUUGGGUGCGCGGGAAAAAUGUCGUCCUAGGAUUCAAGGCCAAGAUCUCAACAUUCAACGUUGAUCUGCACUCACGAGCGGUUGAGACCACGAUCAGAAAACCAGAAAUGAAAGAACCAAAGAAGCUGAUCCGAAAGGCGUUCUAUCAAGCUGAGAUCGAAUGUCAAGACGUCGAGAUUCGAGCUCUUUCGGCUGUGUUUCAAACUCCAAGGAAAUCCACAUAUGCUAAUGACAUUGGGCUUACUGCAGACCAAGAUGAAUCAGAAACAAACUCGAUAUGGGAAGAUUCGCUGGAGGACGAAAGCGAAUUUUUGGUGAAUCCUUCUGGAGAAGAAGGAGGGUUUUCGAUUUACCCAAGUAAACUGGGCAAGAAGGAUAUGGAAUGGAUCGAUCUUAAUGACUUCUCAGACAUCUUUUUCUGGCCUAACUCUAGUGGCGCUCAACAACCGAAAAUCAAGAUGUUCGAUUGUCUGUCUUGUCCUCGGAUUUCAUUCCUCCGUAGACCUUCUUCAGCUACUAGUUUCCAGGUCUCACCGACCAAUAACAAUGCUUCUGAUGGCGAAAGUAUAGCCGAUGGCCAGCCAAUCGAGAGAACGAAAUUUGGCAAAGAAAAUACUCAUACUUGCUUUAUUGGUAAAUCUGAGGAUCCUAUGAAGGUCCAAGUCGGUUUGAUUGAUGCACGUCUCAAGGAACUCAGCGAAAAAAAGUAUCACUGUCUGGUAACUGCUGGAUCAUAUCAUCCCCAACGUCCCGAAGACACCAUGAUGCUGUUACAAAUUGAAGCACGUAUGCAAACCCUCCGGGAAUUGAAAGCGACCAUGCUGCGAGAUAAGGGGAAUGCUAACCGAAACAGCCAGUCAGAAGAUCUUGGCAAUCAAACCAAUGGCUUAGAUUGUUCUGAAUCUUGGGCUGAUGGAGAAAGAUUUUUGUUCGAGAUGGCUAAGCAAAUCUCAGAUGAAAAUAGUGAAUGGUCCAACAGGCUUCUGGUUCACAAUCCUUCGAUAUUGAUAUCGAACUCGAUCAGGGAUAUAUUACUAAAAUAUUACUACAGUUCUUCACAGCGCCGAGCAUUCAUGUAUCAUAUAUCUGCUAGAGCUGUCAAGUUCAUCUUAGAUCUAGCCGAACAAGAAUCCUCCAUUCCAGCGCCAAAGCCUAAACAGGAUUUCAAUAAGAGAAGAUCAAGGAUGCGGAGCUUUGACUACCAAAAGUAUGACGGCAGAUCUAACUCUGGGACAGGCUCUAAACCUCAGCCGAAAUUUCCUAACGAAGACUGCCCAGUAUCACCUCUGCGGGCCUGUAUAGAAGAACAAGCUGAACAAGAUGUACCCGACGAAUUUAUUCUCGAUCCCGCGGAUCUCGUUCUCUUGCUGCGACCUCAAAUAGCCUUUCGGAGUGAGGUUGAUGACAUAUCAACCGUAAUUCUAACCGCGUUUCACGCGCAGUUUAAGAGUUUCGAAGUUUUGGAUCCUUCGCACAUCGACGAUCCCGUGAAUGCAACAGUCAUGAAAAGGAACUUUGGCACUGUGAAGGGUUUCCAAAUGUUCUAUCCUUGCAACCCCUCUUCCUCAUCGUCAUUGCACCCUGCUCCAGGCGAUCAAGAUUUUCAGGUUCCGAUUGAGGUCUUGGUUGAUCUCAGACUUGAGCCUUGGGGCUUUGAUCGACUCAUUGGACGCUGUACCGUCAACAUAGCUAAUGACGCAUUCAAUCAACUUCGAAUCAAACGCCGGUCAGCGGGCGCAGAUGGAAGCUUUUCUUCAGCGACUCAGCCACACUUACAAACGUCGACCGAUUUACUUCGGGUCGAAAUGGCCGAUGCGGUCUCGGUGCAUGCCACUGCGACGCACUAUCGCGCAAUAUACAAUGUGAUCACCGAUUUGUGCCUGUACAUCGAUCCUGCCCAGAAGAAGCGGAACGCGGCAUUAGAAACGAUGCAAUUCGCCUAUGACGUCGAUGAUCUUGAGGGCAUGGCCGAUCAGAUUCAGCAGCAACAGGCGCGAAUCCGGUUGUAUAGAAACAAGCUUGAUGAGGGAUACGUGGACCUCAACGUCUUUGACGAGGUUCGGAUGGCUGCUCUCACCCAGUGCGAAUAUCAACUUUGGAUCCAUGCUUCAGACCUGAACUUGAUGGUUGAAGCCAUCCGUAGAUCUCAAGCUAGCAGAUUGGGUAGAUCGAAGGCAGAGAAAUUACCGGGCUCUCAACUCUUAGGUCACGCCAAGUCGAUCACGUGGCAUAUGCUUGCCGACAGCGGCGAAGCAAUAGCCAAACUCUCAGUUACUGAUACUCGAUUUGAAAGCUACACUCUCCCCGAUACAUCUGUCAGCAAUCGACUAUACGUCCAAGACAUGUUGGCUUUGAACAUCAGCGCAGAUAGCGACCGACAGUUUGAUGAAAUUCUAUCUCGCUAUGAGCCUUAUAACCCUCUCGGUCCCGCAGUAAAUUCGAAGCAGUUCUUAAUGGUUCUCUGGAAAACAUUGCCACCUAUCGCUGGUAUUUCUAUUGUAGAGUCGUUCCUUUUAGAAAUUCACCCAAUCAGGUUACAAGUCGAGCAUGCGAUCGGAGUCAAGGUGCACGAUUACCUCUUUGCGCACAAGUCGACAAGCGUUGAAAGUGAAAAUGAUUCGGAUGAGCCUAGCAAUACUGUUGAAACUAUGAAUGUUCCGGUAGUCGAGGGCGAGACGAAGAAACUUAAUAAGAAGCGCUCUAUGCUACUCAACCUCCAUCAACCCAAGAGCCGUGUGGUCACCCCAGACCUGCCAGAUAUCAAGCGCAGAACCGGAAACUUUUCCACACUUCCUUCGCAAGAGUCUCUGUAUGAUUUACAUUCGGUUAGCGGGCGCUCACGCACCACUGAAUCCUCUGGAUUCUUGAAUGCAGACUGGCGCUCAUCAUUCGGAGCCAACCAAUCCACAUCUGGCGGAACUCUUUCCAGUCGAGCCUCUCGUGCGGUAUCUGUUCGCAGUAAUUCUUCUGACGGGCGACGGCAGGGUGCAAGUAUGGGUGCCACCCCGACGGUCUUGAUGAAUUGGAACAAACAGAAAACUGAGGAUGCUACUGAAAUGAAAAAGCGAGCUCAGCUAUACAAAUCAUUCUUAUUCAUCGAUGUUGCACCCACAAUCCUUUGCGUUUCUUAUAGUGGUCCGAAAUAUCCGGAUAUCUUCGAUCUCGUAGUGAAAGUUCCCCCAUUUCAUUUCGAAUCGAGGACGUGGUCCUACAGUGAAUUUUUCGAUGAAAUUCGUCGGACAUGUGUUUCCUCAUUAUUCAAACAAUCUCCUUCGAUCCUGGGACAGAUCAUCACGACUGCGAGGAAGAACAAAUCAGUACCGAAACUGAUGGGCCAGAAGAUGGCCUCCGGGUUCAAGUUCAAAAAGAGGAACUUGUUCGAGCGUGUCAACUCGCAACCUACCAACACUCGUCAUACUUCCACGAGCAGCUUAUCAUCUACUCUUGCUGGGACGACUAUCGAUCAAGGAAGCUCUGCCACCUCGCCAGACACCAAUCAUUCACGUUCGCCUUACUUGAGCACGGAUACGUCGAGCUCAUUCGAAGGCUAUCACUCGCAAAGCACCCAAGAUGCCACUCCUCGACCCGCUUUCUUUAACCAAUCCCCCAAACAGCCCUAUACAUAUUCCUCUAAUGGAAAUAGUCCAACCCUUGGUUCCUUAGAUCUCGAAAGCUGUGAAUCUAUCAACGAUUUUCCUGAGCCGGAUCACUCCCCACCCGCACUAGACCAGCGCUCUCGGUCCUACGGAGGAAUGGAUCGACCGUCGCCAUAUGCCCCGCAAAGCCGACGUCAAACACACAUGAGACUCUCGGCCUCCGAUGCUAGCCACUUCCAUCCCCACCAACCAACCCGCCAACGCCGGCAGAGCGAGGGGCCCCUCUCAUCUCAUCAUCAUCAUCAUCAUCUCUCGUCUACUCCCGAACCUAUGCCUUUCAACUCCAUGUUCUUCACUGCCCCUUCUCCCUCUCAUCCUUAACCGAGUCCCAAUUGAACAAAAACUCGCCAGGAUUACCACCAUCUUCUUCUUCAUUGUUCAUUUCUUCACGCAUCCUUCAUUUGAAUUUCAGAUUAAAAAUUUGGUUGUCACUUUUAUUUCGUCGGAGGAGAG